AUGCAUGCAAGGCUAGCUGAAGAGAACGAGCCGGACCCGCUGGAUGUCUUUUGCGACCUGGGCACGCUCAUAUUAGAGGCCCGUGUGCCAGGCCGUGGUGACAGCGGGCGCGGCUACGGAGAGGGACCGCACUGUCCCCCUUAUUUCAGCCAUGCCCAAAUUAGUAGUAGUAGUAGUAGCAACAACCAUAAUAACAACAACAUUCAUCACAGCAAUAAUGGGAGCCGACCUGGACAGCAUGUCUGCUCGCCCGACAAGCUCCACUGUCAGAGAUUCCAGUCCCUUCGCAAACACGCUUGCCUGUUGGGAAAGAACGGAGUGCCGCUCUGCGUUGAGGUUUUGGUGGGGCCCGAAUGCAGUCACGGUUCGCAGCGAGCCAAACAAGUUGAAGUAACCUGCACGCCCCAUCCAGACUUUCUCCUCCUGGAACGUUGGACUGUUACGUGCUCGCCCAAAAAGGAUGGAGAAGCCAGUAUUGCUGGCAUCUGUUUGGUCCAGGCUGUCCGCUCUUUUCUCCAUUUUUCGCAGCUGAGUGCCUGGUUGAACAAGAGCAGCGGAUCUCGACCCCAGCAGCUGCUCUAUCGAGUUACCAUGCCCGGCCAGGCUUUCGCUUCGAAAUUCGCAUCGAAACCAGUCGACCAUCACUUCCCUUUGGCACACGUUGGACGACUUGCUACACACGCAAUCAAAGUUUCCGUCAGCUCGCUUCCUCGGACGGAUGUAAUUCCACAUGUUCAUUGUGGCAAGUGUCGCUUUAUCACGCCCAAGCAGAAUGCGGAUGUGGGCCAGCGACAGUUGCAACAAAAGCAGGACAGCAGCAGUUGUCUAGGGGAAGGUCUCCUGGAUCUGCCUCCAGCUCAGUUACGCUUACAGCGCCUACAGCGUUCCCGAUCGCGAUCCAGUUCGCCUUCGUUACAAUCCGUCAGGCAACUUGUUCAUCCGACGACACACAGGGCACAACCGCCGCCACCCUCUAGUGGCGUUGCCAAGAAACUUGUGGAUGAUCGGAUGCGUAUUGAUUGCAACCGAAUAGGCAAACACGACUGCAAAUGCGAAAAAGACGAGUCUGACGUGGUCGAAUUGAAACUGCCGGCAGGUCACGGCGAUCGUUGGGGCCACGAUUUGGAGCGUGGAAGGCGCGGAUUGGAUCGUGAGCCAGUAAUGGGGCCGACGGAGCGAGGUCGUAGUCGGCGGUCUCGUAAAGAUUGUUUCACCGACAAAUUACUCAGCGUAACCGAAUCGAAAGAACCGGAAAUGACACCGGCACUGCAGCAAGCGGGAAAAAGCGUUCCGACUACGGAUGACAAGCUGCGUUUCCAGCGGUCGCUUAAUUCUGCUGCUUCUUUGUUGUUCCAUACAACGAACUGCACCUCUGGAACGGAUUCCAAAAAAACCCCACUGCUCGGCCAACGGUUUCCGCUCAACAAGUUCCUACGCUCGCCGCCACUCCGCAUGUCCUCGUCCCCUCUCCUGGGCAGCUUCGAGGAAUGUUUGUUGAACGGACGGCUUGAACCCAUGUCUACGGUGGAAGGAUUCGGCGCUGAGCUGGGAGCCAGUGGAUCAUUUUGUCCAUCACACGAAUUGCUACCAGUCAGCGUUUUCUUCUACAACAUUGGCGGUUUUGAAUCAGAUAAAUCCGGCUCCCCAUAUCUAGCCCAUUUGAAUUUGGGCGCUAAAGGAUACCAAGUACCUAGGAGGGGAACUGUGCAGCUGACGCUCUUCAACCCGCAAGGAACGGUUGUAAAGAUGUUCGUCAUACUCUUUGACCUCACUGAAAUGCCUCCCAAUUCAGAGACAUUUCUUCGCCAGCGGACCUUUUACAUGCCAUCACACGAAACGGACGCCUCUCCCGUUUCUGCCAAAUGGCUCCGCUACCUCAUUCAUCUCAGGUUCCGCAGUUCAAAGUCCGGUAGAAUCCACUUGCACACAGACAUUCGAAUGAUUGUGUUGCGCAAGUCGGAUGUCGACACGGCCUCGGCACAUAUUGCUGAAAGCUCUUACGAAUGGAAAUCGUUCACACGCGGCCCGUCCAGCCCACGCUUCUCCAGCCGUUAACAAGAAAUUACUUCGAAAAUAUAAUCUGUCCCCUUUCUCAAAACAAGAAAAAAUUGAAUUGUCGCGGAAAGAUUUCAGUAAAAAUAUUUGUGUGUUUCGGUCAGCUGUGAUAUCUUGUCUCGGGCGGCUGCGAGACCAAUCCCCCACUUUUUUUUUCUUUUGGCUAACAGCUGGACUUCUUGUCUUUCACGUUGUUUCUCUGUUGUUGUAAUUAUUACCUUUUUUCAGUCGCUCGUCAAGACGAAUUCUAUAUUUAGAGAAAAUGAAAAAUUUUAUCGUAUACAAAUAAUAUUGAAGGGCGUUACGGAAAUGAAGACAAAGCCUUUUUGCUCUUC